AUUCCCCACAAUGUUUACGCAAACGAAAGUCUACCAAUCAAAUCCGCACAAGUGACCUUGAAGUGCUUAGCCUCUCCGAAAACCGCGUAAACCAUGCGCCUCAGUAUUGUAGUUGCAGUGUCAGAAAACUGGGGUAUAGGCAAAUGUGGGGGUUUACCGUGGAAGUUGAAGAAAGACAUGGCAUUUUUCAAACAAAUCACGACGACAGCUAAGCCAGGUAAGUAAGUCUUCAUUAGUGUGUAAAAUUUUAGGUCUAAAAAAUGCUGUUGUGAUGGGAAGAAUCACAUGGGAAUCCAUACCUCAGAACUUCAAACCACUGAAGGACAGAAUCAACAUUGUUGUAUCUAGUACACUCAAACAAUUGCCGCCAGGAGUUCGUGUUGUUCCAAGUCUUAAUGCAGCUGUAGAAUUGUUGUACACAGAGGAAUUAAGUUCUAUAGUUGAUGAAGUUUUCAUUAUCGGUGGAUCACGCCUUUACGAUGAGACUCUAAAGCAGACAAAAUAUCCCGUUCGUAUAUAUUGUACUCAUGUACUUAAAGAAGUUGAUUGUGAUACUUUCUUCCCCAAAUUCGACUGGAACAAACUUGAAAAAAUUAAUUUACCUCAUAUACCCAAGGAUACCAUCACAGAAGAUGGAUUGACGUACAAGUUCUGCGUUUAUGAUGUUCCAUCCGGAGUGUCUAUUGAAUCAUGAUGAGCUUAUAUUUAUUUAUAUGAACUAUUUUUUUAUGGAAAUUACAAAUGCAAUUGUAUUCAUUAAGUGCACUGUUGUUUUCAAGUAUGCAUAAAUGUUUGUAUGGAGUAACUGACCAGUAUUCUGAGAAGUCUGAAUACAGCUUAGUCUCAUUUUAUGUCAUUCCUUUAAGUUCCGAGUAGAACAUACGAUUUAAAGCUUUAGCUGUGAUGUUUCACUAACGACGCUAUUGUUUUUAGGGGGUGGGACUUGUAGCCUCACGCUCCACUGUCCAUCUUUACAUGAUUUACCACUGGCUUAGCGAAGUUUAGGAGUACAUCGGCUGGGAAGCGAACCCGGACCACAACGGUGGUUAGCGAGUGUUCCACCAUUGAACUACGGAAGCACCAAGUCGACUCUAGGGAUUGCUAACUAUCGGGAAAAAAAUCACUUGUACUAGCUUAUGCUGGAAAUGUUUACCCGUCAACUUUCAGCAUUGACGUGCUUUUUGUCUCUCCGAACUCUUGGCUUUCAUGUAUAACAUGUUUUGCGACAUUCACUUCAGUUAGUCGAAGCCUAUCUAUUAUAGAUUAGUGAUUUAUGAAUGACGUGAUUUUAUGCUACAGAAAAUAUUUAAAUAACAGGGGAAAUUUUAAAUUUAUCACACAGGUAGAUAUUAUUCGGUAUUUUUAAUGGUGAAUGAUCUAUCACUAGAAGUAGUUUGGUGGAUGGUGACUGGUCGUGGAAUCCAGGAUGCGCAUUCGAUGAACUGGAUGAAUUCGCAU